AGCCUCCCGAGUGCUGGGAUUACAGGCGUGUGCCACCACGCCUGGCUCUGUGUUUUGUUUUUGCGACAGAGUUUCACCAUGUAUUCCAGGCAGGCUUCGCACUCGUGGUGAUCCUCCUGCCACAGCCUCCCAGAGUGCUGGGAUUGCAGCGAGGCACCCCACACUGGGCUACCGCAUGUGCUUUGGGGCUUAACUGUUUUUCCACCUGACGACAUAUCCUGGGUGCCAAGCAUUGGUGCCUCACACCUGUUAUCUCAGCACUCCAAGAGGCUAAGGCAGGAGGACCAUAGUGAGUUCAAGGCCAGCCUGGACUAUGUAGCAAGAACCUGUCUCAAAAAAUGAAAAAAUAUGUCACUGAGUCUGUUCCCCUUAUGGAGAACUUCCUGGUGCUUUUACCCCACUGUGUAGUAUUCCACUCAGGGCCAUGGCACAGCUGCUGUCCUGUGUGUAGACCUUGUCUUGCUCUUCACAGUCUGCCUUGACAGAUCGUGCCAGGGACGGGGCCCAGGGCCCUGUGCAUGCUAGGCAAGUGUGCACGAUCCACACUGGCACUGGGGCUCAGAGCUGCGUGUCUUUGUGACCUCCGGUGACCAGAUGUGGGCUCCUUCGCUGCCAGCCUUGCUCAGCUUCCCCGUCCCCGCCCUGCUGUGGCGGCGCCGUAAACGAGGGGAUGGGGGCAGGGCUUCUUCAGCCUUCUCCCCCUUCCAGCCCUGGGGAUGCUCUGGCUUCUCGUGGGGACCCUGGGACAUUGUGGGACACCUGUCCCUUUCAUUGAGAUGCAUGUCCCCUGGCACACCCGUGCCCGUGGGGGGCAGUGCUGGCAGAGCUGGUGUGGCCGCCCGUCCCCCGGCUCAGGACAGCUCAUGGCGAUGUGGGCUGGGGGCAGGAGGGGACCUGGCCGAGGACUGGAUGUGGCUGAGGAGUCUUGGGUCCUCCUCUCACUGCCGUGGCUGCUGCACCACACCCCAAACCCUAAUGGGGCGCAGCGGGGUCCCAGGCACAGGGCAGGCAGGGAGCAACCCCUCUGCCCGCUCCUGCUGUUCGCAGUCAGGGUUCCGGGGUGCACAGAGCCUCUUCCGCCUUCCCACCCACAACCGUCUCAAGUUGUGUCACCCCAGCCGGUGUUGUGGAGACACGGGGGGGGGGGGCACUCUGUGUGCCUCCUCUCUUCCGGGCCCAGGGGCCUCCAGGGUCCAGCACUGCUCCUAUCAGGGGAGCUCAGGGGCUGGCAGUGCAGCCACCAACCCCAAGGGGUGUCCGGGCCUGGUGGGGUCACCUCUGUGAGCCUCAGCUUCCCCUUCUGUGAGCGAGCAGACCAUCCAAGUCAAACCUGGCCCGGCAGUGUGCACACAACAGGGUGAUCAUGGGUGUGCACAGAUAAGCACUUAUGAAGCGCCCACUGUAUACGUGCAAGCUGGGAGCUGCUGGGGAGAAGGUGGGGGUCAGGGAGGGGGAGCUUUGGGGCAGGGGCAGGUGUCCCGCUGGGGAGGUGUGGCGCAGACUGUUUGCAGCCCACCGCCCUUGAGGAUCUGUGCUUCUGCAACUGCUUCCCCUCCUGUUUCCGGGAGGACGUCCGUGUCACCGUGGAGGACGGCUGUCCCCAGCCGUUGUCACUGGGCCCCUCCCCACAGCCAGCAGCCGUUGGGGUGCCCCUCCCUGCUCUCACCCCCACCCUGGGGGUACCUUGAACACAACAGGAAAUUUCAAAUAACAGGAAACCAAGACCAGGAGAAGCAGGCGACUCCACCCUGCCUGCCUGGGACCUCAGUCUGUCCCCCGGGGAGGUCAUGAACACCACCGGGUGGCCUCCACCGCCGGUGCCCCCUGAGGCCUGCUACCAGCUGGCGGCCGGUGGGCACAACCGCCUGAUCAUCCUGCACUACAACCACUCGGGCCGGCUGGCGGGGCGCGGGGGCCCCGAGGACAGCAGCCUGGGCGCGCUGCGCGGACUGUCGGUGGCCAUCAGCUGCCUGGUGGUACUGGAGAACCUGCUGGUGCUGGUGGCCAUCGCCGCGCACAUGCGCUCGCGGCGCUGGGUCUACUACUGCCUGGUCAACAUCACGCUGAGCGACCUGCUCACCGGCCUCGCCUACCUGACCAACGUCCUGCUGUCGGGCGCGCGCACCUUCCUGCUGACGCCGGCGCAGUGGUUCCUGCGGGAGGGGCUGCUCUUCGCGGCGCUGGCCGCCUCCACCUUCAGCCUGCUGCUCACCGCGGGCGAGCGCUUCGCCACCAUGGCGCGGCCCUGGAUGGCCGAGAGCCGGGCCACCAAGCGGGGCCGCGUGUACGGCUGCAUCGGCCUGUGCUGGCUGCUGGCCGUGCUGCUGGGGCUGCUGCCGCUGCUGGGCUGGAACUGCGUGUGCGCCUUCGAGAGCUGCUCCGGCCUCAUGCCGCUCUACGCCAAGACCUACAUCCUCUUCUGCGUGGGGGUCUUCGCGUGCAUCCUGGUGGCCAUCCUGUUUCUCUACAGCGCCAUCUUCUGGGAGGUCCGGGCCAACAGGCAGAAGGCCCAGCGCCCCGCCGCCCGCUCCAAGUCCCGGCGGCUCCUGAAGACGGUGCUCAUGAUCCUGGUGGCCUUCCUGGUGUGCUGGGGGCCGCUCCUCGGCCUGCUGCUGGCCGACGUCUCGGGCACCAACGUGUGGGCCCAGGAGUACCUCCGCGGCAUGGACCUGAUCCUGGCCCUGGCCGUGUCCAACUCGGCCAUCAACCCACUCAUCUACACGUUCCGCAGCCGGGAGCUGCGCCGCGCGGUGCUGGCCGCCCUCUGCUGCGGGUGUCUGCGGCUGGGCCUGCGGGGACCCGGGGACUGCCUGGCCAGGGCCACCGAGGCCCAUUCCGGGGCGUCCACCACCGACAGCUCGCUGAGGCCCAGGGACAGCUUUCGGGGCUCCCGGUCGCUCAGCUUCAGGAUGCGGGAGCCCCUGUCCAGUAUCUCCAGCGUCAAAAGCACGUGAGGCGUGGGCAGGACGGGUGAGGCGGGGGGCCCAGGCCCCGACACCGGCCCGCAGCCGCCGGGGCCUGUGACCCGAGCAGGGUCCCUCCCCGGAGUCACCUCGGACAGGGAGGCCACGCGACGGGAGCAGAGAGCACCCGGAGUGGUGGCCUGGGGUCUCUCUAGGGUGCCUGGCUCCUGUGGGAUUUGGGGGAACUCCCAGUCCCUCUCUGGGCCUCCGUGGGGCACCCCAGCUGCCAGGCUGUGGGUUUCAGACCCUGGGGAUGCUCAGGUUCAAAGACGCUGUGGACUUCUUGGGCCAUGAGGUCGUUCAGCGCCCGUGUGCAGGGCGGCAGGCAGGGCCCUUUGGCAUAGGGGCCCCGGGGAGCAUGGCUGCGAGUGGGGGUGCUGCGCGAGGAGCGCCAUGUUGGCUUGCACAUUGUGUACCCACCGCGAGUGCACUAGCACGGCCUCUGGCACCUGUCUUCUCACUUCCUCUUCGGCGGAGCCAGCCCUCCCCCCACCUGUGCAGCCUCCUCCCUAGCUGUUUUAUUUUUUGAGUUGGGGUCUUAUUAUGCAGUUCAGGCUGGCCUUGAAUUCAAGGGGAUCCUCCUGCCUCAGCUUCCUGAGUGCUGGGAUGACAGGUGUGCACCACUACACCUGGCCUCUUCCCCCAGUUCUUUUGUAUCUUUUGGGGUUCCCUUUGUAUCUUUUGGGGUUCCCUUUGGGGGCCCAGCAGGGAGGAAGAGGUCCAACCCUCCUGCCCUAGGGAGAUGAUGCCUGGUGGUUCCUUCCAGCUCACUGCUGCCACUUGCCACAUCUGUGAAAUGGGCUCAUGGAGGGACCCACCUGUCAUGGAUUGACAACUGGUGGUCAACUCCUAACACCCAGCUGAACUAAACCAGCAUGGUGCUGGGUGUG